UCACCCACGCUAACUUCACUCGAGUCACUUCGCGUCUUAUAAAAAAAAACGCGAGGAAUCCACGCCGCCAUUUUUGUCUCAUAAUAAUUUUUCCCUGAAAUUUUCACAUUUAAUAUCAAUAGUAAGUAAAAAAUAGCAGAAAUAAUCCUCGAUAUGGUCGCUCCAGCAGGUCGAGGCAGAGGAGGAAAAAGGGGCGGCGGGGGACGCGGUGGCGGCGGCGGCGUAGCCAGAGGCGGCAUCGUAAAACGCGGUGGCGUCAGGGGCGGCAUGAACGGCGGUCCCCCGGGUUUUGGGGGCAGGGGCGGCGGUCCGAUGCGCGGAGGCGGCAGGGGCGGCAUUGGCAUGAGAGGCGGCAUGAUGCCACAAAUUCCCCCGGUGCCCCCUAUGAGGGGCGGCCGAGGUAUGCCGCCGAGAAUGAAUGGACCGCCCAGGGGUAUGAUGGGUCCUGGACCUAGGGGAGGACCACCGCCUGGUAUGAGGCCACCACCACCUGGAUUGAGACCACCUCCACCCGGCAUGAGACCCCCACCACCAAUGAUGAUGGGUCCACCUCUAGGCCCACCAGGUCCACCCAUGAUGAGGGGUGGUUUCAGAGGGGGCCCGAGAGGUGCGAUGAAACCGGGUCGUUUCCAGAGGGGAGGGAUGCGAGGAGCCAUCAGAGGAGAGUUAGAUGAGCAAGAAAAUGGGGCUGUACCAGACGAGGCAGAUACAGAAGCUCAAUUUGCUUGUGAUACUUGCGAAAGAGAUUUUUACACACAAGAACAGUUCGACAAGCACAUGUCUGAGCACAGAACUUGUAACUUGGAUGGUUGUACUUUUACCGCACACGAGAAAAUUAUUGAAAAGCACAUCAGAAUGCAACAUUCGACUGGGCUAUUUGAGAAAAUCAAAAAAAUCAACAGUCCAGAGGAAAUCGCCAAAUGGAUCGAGGAAAGGAAGAAAAACUACCCCAGUAAGGAAAAUAUAGAAAAACGCUAUCAAUUGCAAGAAGAAAAACUGAAAAAGGGCAUCAGACUAACGAAAAAUCAAAACAAAUUUGGCAGAGACAAGUUUAGACUGGCUAACACAGCAAAAAAAGCUUUAACUACCGCGAACAUUCGUCCCACAUUAAAAAAACGCCGAAAACCCAAACCUCCCCCCAAAGUCUCUCUUAUAAAUGAAAAAGCUGACUGGAACGGCAACAUGUUCCCGUUUAAAGGCACUUCGGAACUAUUUAAAGAAGAGGCAGAAUCUCGCGAUGAAAUAAGCGAUUUUGAAGAUGACGAUGAUGAGUGGCAAAAUCAGAAAAUUAAAACAGUUAAAAUUAAUAAUUCUUUGGGAAGUUUGAUGGCGGCAUACGGUUCGGAUAGUGACGAAUCCGAGGAAAAACCACUUGAAAAAACCACUAAGGAAAACCACGGAAAAGCAGCAAAAGUAGACAGUGAUAACGAACCUCCUGAGGAAGUAAAAAUUGUUAAGCAACAACAAGAGGGGGUAACGGAGGAAAAAGUUAAAGAGGAGCCAAAGAUAACCAAAAAAAGAAAAAGGACGCACCCGAGGGGACAUUUAAAGGGCAAAAAGCAAAAGUUCUACGAAGAUGCCGUACCGUCGACCUCGAGUGGCAUCCGAAGAACCCACGAUCAAUUUCCCCAUAAUCACUUUAGGAGGCGUAAAGUUACGCUACUUGAAAAAUUAUUGGAACCGGAAAUUCGUCGGGAACGCAAUUUGAUUUUGCAAUGUGUAAGAUACGUGGUGGAAAAUCAGUUUUUUCAGACAUAAACUAGGUUAGGGAAUGUUUUAUUUUAGCACCUGUGAUAUAUGACUUGCUUGUUUAUCUUAGGGUUUACUUACUGGUUUAGUGACAUUAAAGUUUUUUUUUAUAUA